UGUCUUUAGGAACUAAAGACUUUUUCCCAGGCACUGUCAAGUGGGACAGAAAGAAGGGUUUUGGAGCCAUUAUUUUCUCAUCACAGCAGCAACUUAAAAUGCCUGGGAAGAUGGUCGUGAUCUUUGGAGCCUUAAAUGUACUUUGGAUGGUGUUUGCGGCUUCUCAAGCUUUUAAAAUUGAGAUCUUCCCUGAAUCCAAAAUUGUUGCUCAGAUUGGUGCCUCCGUUUCACUGACUUGCAGCACAACAGGCUGCGAGUCCCCAUCUUUCUCUUGGAGAACCCAGAUAGACAGUCCGCUGAAUGCGAAGGUGAGAAAUGAGGGGACCACAUCCACACUGACCAUGGAUCCUGUUAGCUUCGAGAAUGAGCACUCUUACCUGUGCACAGCGACUUGCGGAUCUGGGAAAGAAGAAAAAGGAAUCGAGGUGCGCAUCUACUCUUUCCCUAAGGACCCAGAGAUUUACCUGAGUGGCCCUCUGGAGGCUGGAAAGCCGGUCACGGUCACGUGUUUGGUCCCCGAUGUUUACCCAUUUGACAGGCUGGAGAUGGAUUUGUUGAAGGACAACCAAAACUUGAAAAGUCAGAACUUUCUGGAGCCUACAGAGAAGAAGUCCCUGGAAACCAAGAGUCUGGAAGUAACCUUCAUUCCUACCAAUGAAGAUACUGGAAAAGCUCUUGUUUGCCGAGCUAAAUUACUCAUUGAUGAAAUUGAGAUUCAUUUUGAAGAAAGGGAGGCCACCGAAAAACUGCAAGUUUACAUUGCACCCAGGGACACAAUGAUCUCUGUGAAUCCCUCCACAAGGCUGCAAGAAGGUGGCUCUGUGACAAUGACGUGUUCCAGUGAAGGUCUACCGGCUCCGCAGAUUCUCUGGAGCAAGAAAUUAGAUAACAGGAAUCUACAGCUCCUUUCUGAGAAUGCAACUCUCACUUUAAUUGCUAUGAGGAUGGAAGAUUCUGGAAUUUAUGUGUGUGAAGGAGUUAAUAUGAUUGGGAGAAACAGAAAAGAAGUGGAAUUAAUUGUUCAAGAAAAACCAUUUACUGUUGAGAUCUCCCCUGGACCCAAGAUUGCUGCUCAGGUCGGUGACUCAGUCGUGUUGACAUGUGGUGUCACAGGCUGUGAGUCUCCGUCUUUCUCUUGGAGAACCCAGAUAGACAGUCCUCUGAGCGGGAAGGUGAGCAGUGAGGGGACCACAUCCACGCUGACCCUGAACCCUGUGAGUUUUGAGAAUGAACAUUCGUACCUGUGCACUGUGACCUGUGGGCAUAAGAAACUGGAAAAGGGAAUUAAAGUGGACCUCUACUCAUUCCCUAGAGAUCCAGAAAUUGAGACUAGUGGUCUACUAGUGGAUGGAAACCCCGUCACUAUAAGCUGCAAAGUUCCUCAUGUGUAUCCAUUAGACCGGCUGGAGAUUGAAUUACUUAAGGGGGAGAGUGUUAUGAAGAGUAAAAAUUUUUUGGAGGACAUGCAUAAAAAAUCCCUAGAGACCAAGAGUUUGGAAAUGACCUUCAUCCCCACCACUGAAGAUACUGGAAAAGUCUUUGUUUGUCAAGCCAAGUUAAAUAUUGAUGAAAUGGAAUUUGAACCCAAACAAAGGCAGAGUACACAGACAUUUUAUGUUAAUGUUGCCCCCAGGAAUACAACUAUCUUGGUUAGCCCUUCCUUCACCGUCAAGGAAGGUAGUUCUGUGAAUAUCACAUGUUCUAGCAAUGGCCUUCCAGCUCCGAAAAUCCUGUUGAGCAGGCAGCUAAAUAAUGGAGAUCUGCAGCCUCUUUCUGAGAAUACAACUCUCACCUUAAUUUCUACAAAAAUGGAAGAUUCUGGUAUUUAUGUGUGUGAAGGGAUUAACCAGGCUGGAGUAAGCAGAAAAGAAGUUGAAUUAGUUAUCCAAGUUGCUCCAAAAGACAUAAAACUUAUAGCUUUUCCUUCAGAGAGUGUCAAGGAAGGAGAGACGGUCAUUAUCUCCUGUACAUGUGGAAAUGUUCCAAAAACUUGGAUAAUCCUGAAGAAGAAAGAAGAGACAGGAGACACAGUGCUCAAGUCUACAGAUGGCGCAUAUACCAUCCACAAGGCCCAGUUAGAGGAUGCAGGAGUGUAUGAAUGUGAAUCUAAAAACGAGGUUGGCUUGCAAUUAAGAAGCAUAACACUUGAUGUUAAAGGGAGAGAAAGUAACAAGGACUAUUUUUCUCCUGAACUUCUCAUGCUCUAUUGUGCAUCUUCCUUAAUAAUACCUGCCAUUGGAAUGAUCAUUUACUUUGCCAGAAAAGCCAACAUGAAGGGGUCAUACAGUCUUGUAGAAGCACAGAAAUCAAAAGUGUAGCUAAUGUUUGAAAUGUUUGACCAGAGACACUAUUUAUCAGUCUAAAUCUUUAAUACUGCUCAUCAUUCCACAAGGAAAACAACAAGCUGAGAGUCCAGACUUCUAAUGUAGUGAACUCCUGGAAAGAAAUGGCUGUCCAUGUUUCCUGCUGUGAGCAAGAAGCCAAAGGAAAACUUUCUGCCUAAAAAAUAGGCACCACCAUAGAGAUGUGAUGAUUGGAGUAGUUCCUUGAUGUGUAUAUACAAUAACGUGAUCUGUAUAUAUGUAAAAUAAAAGUAUGCCGUAGCGAGAUUCCUUGAGAUAACAAUACUCUCUAGUCAGAUCUCGAAAAUAAUUAAACAAUAUGGCCCGAACACAUUGUUAUAAAUUAAUGCAUCUUUAAAAAAUUUUAACAUUAACAUCGACUGGCAGCUGACCUAUGUCAUCUUUUUAUAUUUAAUUUCCUUUAACAUAAUGUUAUUCCUAUAAAAGUCGCUGACAACAACUUCAUGUUUGUAAAGAUGCCAGGAUUUUAUAUUUUUAUAGGCAAGUGAUAAACUAAGAGGGCACUGAGUUGACUUUCAGGUACUAAACACUUCAGCCUGUGGUAUAAUGGUUGACUGGAUUUCUCUGAAUGGUACUGACAUGGUACGGAGACGUUUUAUGAUGUUGUUUGUUCAUUGGACUCUUGCAUAGUUUUCCCAGUGUAAUCUAAAAAUGCAACUUCUUUUGAUCUUUUUUUGUAAAUAUUUAGUCUUUUUGUAUAGUAAAGUGAUGAUUUCUG